ACGUAGCAGGCUAGAUUGUUCCAAGUGUAUAGAGUCGGGCUGAUGUUGAAAUCGCUCAGUUUGUUUGAGUCUGCGGCGAAAGUUAGGUUGUGUACGAGUUGUGCCAAACAAUAGAUGUCAAUGAAUCGAUGAAGAAUUUUUCCUUUAUGAUCCCACCACGUCCUUAAGAAAACCCGUUUUUUUACGUGUGUUUUUGAAAGUUUAACUAAAUCAGACAAAGGAGAGGAGGAAAAAAAGAAACCUUAUAAACGAUUAAACCCCUGCAAUGGAGGAUAAAAAGGAGGAGGGGGAGUCGGAGAUCCAGGAGCACGGCCCGGAGCAUUGGUUCUCGAAAUGGGAGAGGCAGUGCCUGGCCGAGGCCGACCAAGAGGAGACGAACGAGGAGGAGGCCGAGCAGAGUCCGCAGAAACUCUGGCAUCUUUUUCAGAACUCGGCGACAGCAGUUGCACAGCUCUAUAAAGAUCGGGUGUGUCAGCAGCAGGGACUCUCCCUUUGGGUGCCUUUUCAGAAUGCUGCCACGGCUGUCACCAAUCUCUAUAAAGAAAGCGUGGAGGCUCAUCAAAGGAGUUACGAUUUAGGGAUUCAAAUUGGUUAUCAACGAAGGAACAAGGAUGUGUUGGCAUGGGUGAAAAAGCGUAGGAGAACUAUUCGUAGAGAGGACUUAAUCAGCUUCCUGUGUGGGAAAGCUCCUCCUCCAAGGACUACUAGGGCUCCUCCAAGACUAACUGUAGUGUCACCAAAUAGAGCACCUUCAACAGAAACAAGUUCAUCUGUAGAGACUGAUUUGCAGCCUUUUCGAGAAGCCAUAGCCUUGCAUGGUCUUAGUGGUGCAAUGGCAAGUAUAAGUGUGCGAUCAAGUACACCAGGAUCUCCUACACAUGUAAGCAGUGGUUCUAAUCCUAGCCGCAGAAGAAAUGGACUUCACGAUGUGGACUUAAACACUUUCAUAUCAGAGGAAAUGGCACUCCAUUUGGACAAUGGUGGCACUAGGAAGCGGACCUCAGCCCAGUGUGAUGUCAUCAUAGAUUCACCAACUCAUAAACGCAAUCGAAUGAUCUGAGCUUGAUCUUUGACGUGCACUGUGCUGCUUAAAUGCCACUUAAUCCUCAACACUUUCUUGAAAAGAAAAAAAAAAAAGAGGGCCAUCAGAACCUUUUUUCUCAUUGGUUAAAAUGAGUGAAUUCAAUAAUGAUUGCCAUAAAAAAAAAUAAUUGUCACAUUAUGUUCUGUUUAAUAAUGGCUGUUUUCCCAGUUAUGAAGUAAAGGACAUUUCUUUUUCUCUAGAACAAUCAUUAUAGUUUGACAAGUUAUAAGGCUAAAGUGACCUUACAUGUAAUUACAAAGGGUAUCAUAUGUUUUUUAUGUAAACACAUAUUACCCUUCAAUGUUUUGACUGUGUUGAGAAUGUGUCAGCAUUAUUACAAGGUAAUAACUGUCACAUUCGACAUGGCGAUUUGUUAGGUACAGUACGAAGCCUUUGGGAGAUUUGUUGGUUUGUUUUUUCUUGCAGCUGCACAGCUUUUGUAGAGGUUUCUGUUUUGGUCCCAGUUUGGAGGUUUGUGGGAAUAUCUGGGUUUAAUUGGUCUGAUAAAGCUGCUAAAUCUGUUUGAAAUGUGGCGUGGUGCUAUGAUGGUUAAUAAUCAAUAUUUGGCCAAGAAUCAAUGCAGGAAUCGUUAUUGGAUUCACUUGUGUAUUUAGUGCUCCAAAGCAACAGUAUCAAAAUUAUUCCUCCGUGAAUAGCCUCUUGGAAUCCUUAAUUUUUGUCAGUUGUUGGUUAACAAUAUGUAAUGUGCAUACGUAACAUUUUUAGGUGCUGUUACCAGUUAUAUAUUUAUAUAUAUGGUGCAUAUUGUCAAAAGUGCAAACCAUCAAAUUGUCAACAUGGACAGUUCAUGUAUUGAAGCAACACACUGUGGUAGAUUUGUCAGCCAUCUAACUUUUUUAGAAGCAAAUAAAAAAUGUUAAAUUGCUCAUAUUGAACAAAAUUAACCUUUGAUUUCUUCAUUAAAUUUUCAAAAAAAAAAAAAAAAUUAGCAUUGCCCCCAUGUCCAUAUACAUUUAAGGUUUGCAUUUCUUGCUUAUAUGCAGCACCUUGCCAUUUCUUAUAAUUUUUGCUGUGUAAUUUUAAUUGGUAAUAAAUCCAUAAUAUAUACAAA